AUGGGUGCCACCGCAUGGUUGACUCUCCUUCUUACACAUCCUCUCGAGUUUAGAACGCUCUUGCAAUUCUGGCUCUUUCACGAACAGAAACGUGAUAUCACGUCCAUGAAAGAACAUGCAACAUCGGGCUGGGACAGACAAACUAUGCGACGAUGCUGGGAGUUCUUGGACAUGACAAGCAGGAGUUUCUCCGCUGUCAUUAAAGAAGUGGAAGGAGACCUAGCCAGAACGAUUUGCAUGUUCUACCUUGUGCUGAGGGGCCUAGAUACCAUUGAAGACGACAUGACUAUACCCGACGAUGUCAAGCAGCCCAUAUUGAGGUCGUUCCACAAAUUGACGAUUACCCCUGGAUGGACAUACAAUGACAGCGGACCGACCGAGAAAGAUCGGCAGUUGCUGGUCGAGUACGACAAGGUCAUAGAAGAGGUCAAUCUUCUUGAUCCAGAGUACAAAUCAAUCAUCCUCGACAUCACUGAAAAGAUGGAAAACGGUAUGGCCGACUUUGCACACAGAGCUGCUACGGCAGGUGCGACAUAUAUCGACAAAGUUGAGGACUACGACCUGUACUGCCACUACGUUGCAGGAUUAGUCGGUGAAGGACUUUCUCGUUUGUUCUCUGCCUCGAAAAAAGAGGUUUCAUGGCUGGGUACUCAACUUGAAAUAUCCAACUCAAUGGGACUUCUACUACAGAAGACCAACAUCAUUCGUGAUUACCGUGAAGACUGUGAUGACAAGCGAUAUUUCUGGCCGAAGGAGAUUUGGGGAAAGAAGGAGUAUGGCUUCCAAGAAAUGAAGGAUAUGUACCUUCCCGGAGCCGAAGAGCGUGCACAGUGGGUGCAGAGUGAGAUGAUACUGGACGCAAUGAGGCAUUUGACCGAUGCUCUGGACUACCUCCGGUUACUCAAGAACCAAAGUGUAUUCACCUUCUGCGCUAUCCCUGCCACCAUGGCGAUCGCCACAUUAGAUCUUUGCUUCAUGAAUCCUGCAAUGUUCCAACGCAAUGUCAAGAUCAGAAAAGCAGAAGCAGCAUCGCUCAUCAUGCGCUCAGUAAAUCCUCGAGAUGUCGCCGAAAUCUUCCGACACCACUGCCGGAGUAUCCAUGCAAAAGCCGUUCCUGAAGAUCCUAACUUCCUCCGGAUAUCAGUCGCAUGCGGAAAGGUCGAGCAAUGGUGCGAACACAACUUCCCAUCCUUCGUUAGGAUGCCAUCAACCGCUGGCAAUCCCCCCACUUUCGAUCCAGAAGAUGCACGAACGUCAAUCCUGAAAAAAUCACAAGAGAUCGACCAAACCAUCACACAGCGAAAGCGCGUUGCUCAGCUUCAGGAGAAGCAAGGGUCCAAUGGUGAGGCGAAACCUGCCUUAGCACAACAGGGAGUACCUUGGGAACUUUUUGCCGUCGUUGGAGCUAUUUUCGGUAUCCUUCUAAUCUCUAUUCUGGGCGUUGUUUGGAUCGUUGUCAUGUUUUCAGACAAGUUUUGA